GAUGAAGAAGGGGGGCCUGCUGGGGUGCGUGUCCACGGGCGCCUGCAGGGUGGCGCCGGGGGCCGUCGCCUCCCCGUCCUCGCCGACAGGGAAGGUGCCGGCGGGCCACGUCCCCGUCGUGGUCGGCGCGGAGGGCGAGGAGACGGAGCGCUUCCUCGUGCCGGCCGAGCUGCUCGGCCGCCCCGCCAUCGCCGAGCUGCUACGCACCGCCGCGCAGGAGUACGGCUACGCGCGCCGCGGCCCGCUCCGCAUCCCCUGCCCCGCCGCCGCCUUCAGGCGCCUCCUCAGCGCGCUCGCCGGGAGGGACUGCAGGGCGCUCGCGCUGCCCUACUACGCCGUCGUCGUUUAGAUUCUAAUGGUCAAUCGUCAAUCGAUGAGCUUGUCUCGUCUCGUAGAGCUUAAUUCCAGCGUCUCCGUCGGUCCGUUCGUUUCUUUGAGGGGUGGCUGUGCAGGGCUGUGUACGUACACGCGUUUGUGGUCGAGGACCCCAUCGAGAGGCUUUCUAGCUAGAUUUCAUUUUGCUUCUCCUUCUUUUUUCCUUUCCCUCUCUUCUUUUUUGUUCUUCAUAAUAUUCAUGUAUAAAUUUGUUCAUCCAGAUCUAUGAGAUGAUGCUUAUGAACUCUGCGGAGUUGCACAUCUUUGCGCUCGUGUUCUUUCUUGGAGUGGAUGUAAUAAUACAUACGGUUCUUUCUUUUUUCCCA